GCAUUGACUCCAAUCAUCCAAACCGUCAUGCUCGGGUCGCUGUCUCUUGGUGCCCAAGCCAGCCGUGGGCAUGUGCGACUUGCUGAGAUAAGGCGUGCAAAUCCAUGGCAUGCGGCUGAUCGCCUCGGGCCUCGCUCGCCUUUGGGCGGGCAAGCGCGGGGCCACGGCGUCCGCACAGACGCGUUGGCAGCCAGCUCCAGUGACGGCGGUGCGACGCCUCCGGCUCCGGUUGUACGCUAUCUGACCAUCCUGACGGGUGCCUCCCGCGGGCUCGGCGCCGCCAUUGCGCUGACGCUGGCGGAACGUGGCCCGCCCCUUCCGGCUGCUCAGCCGGAAGCUGGGCCUCCUGGCACCCGCAGCAGCAACACCUCCAGCAACUGUCAGGGCGAGGGACAUUCAUCACAUUGGAUCCACGACAUGGUUCUUCUGGCCUCGGAUCCAGGGCGGCUGGAUGCGUUCGUACGGGGCAAGCUGCAGCAGGCGGCCGGCAGUAGCAAUGGCACCAGCAGCGGCAGCCGCCAUGACCGGGAGCCGACCGUUGCGGCGGCAGCACCGCCCGCGGCUGUGGACGGCUUCCACAGCCUUUCCUCCGCUGCAAGGCCGCAGGGGCACGGCGUGACGCGGCUUCACACCAUGUGCUUUGACCUUGGCGACUUGGACACGCUCGAGAGCAACAUGCGGCGCCUGCUGUCACCAGCGGCGGCCGUCGCGUCAUGCGCCCAGCCCCGUAGCACGUCGCAUGGACCCUCCUCGCCAUCACCAGCAGAGCCGUCAUCCAGGGACGCGGGAAACCCAGCGGCAGGCGGGGCGUUGGGUUCGGGGGCGGGCGGCGUGCUGCCGAUGCACCCGGCAGCCUACACGCACGUGCUGCUGGUCCACAACGCGGGGCAGGUGGGGGAUCUACUUCCCCUAGAGGACCAGUCUCUGGCCAACAUGCGACGACAGACCGACCUCAACGUUACGUCCUUCACGGCCCUCACCGCCGCCGUGCUGCGCACCUUCCUGCACACACCUGUCGUGACGCCAGACCUGGGCUGCGCCACCCCCGCCGCCUCCCCCGCCCCCGCCUCUGCCUCCACCCCGACCUCCGCCAGGCCGCAGGGCCAACAUGCAGACCAGGCACAGCAGGCGCAGGUAGGCCGGCGCCAGAUCUCUGUGGUCAACAUUAGCAGCGUAAGCGUUGACCAGCCGUACGAGCACUUCUCGCUGUACGGCAUGGGCAAGGCCGCGCGGCACAUGGUGGUGCGCUGCCUGGCGCACGAGGCGGCGCUGCGGGAGGAGGCGCACGCCGGGCGGGGUGGCGGCGGCGCCGUCAGCUCCGCUGCUGGCACGGGCGUCACCGGUGGCUCUGGUGCUGGUGUGGGCGCCAGUGCUGCAGCCGGCGCCGGUGGUGAUCGCACGGCGCAGCCGUUGGCGCGGCUGCGGGCGCUGAGCUACGCGCCGGGGGCCAUUGACACGGAGAUGCAGGCGUCCGCUCGGGAGGCGUUGCCGGCCGGGCGGCUGAAGGCCGCGUUCGAGGAGAACCGCCGCGCGGGCCGCCUGGUGGACCCCAUCGCCACGUCAGCCGUGUUGUACGACAUCCUCCAGGCUGACACGUACGAUAACGGCGCCCACGCCGACUACUACUCGGCCACGAUGGCGGCGGCGGCCGCCGCGGAGGCCGCGGAGGCGGCGCUGCACCCGCUGGCGGCAGCCCGGGCUGCGGCGGCGGUAGCAUCGGCGGCUGGGACCGCAACAGGCGCAGGGAGUGCAGCGGCGGCUGGGCAAGUAGGAACUGCCACCAGUGCUGUGGUCACCGCCCGGGCGUGAUGUUUGGAAGCGAUAUUAUAAUGUACAUCUUGGUGGUGGGGAAUGUGAGCGUGAGAGGCGUGUGUGAUGGUAGAGGCAUACGUGCCAACUGGGGGGAGGGUGGUUUCCCUUCGGGCCGGAGAUGGUCCCUCUUCACCUGGGUGCUGGGCACCCUUGCUUGGGCGGACUGUCCCUUCUUUGUAAUGUCGCAAUCAUAAGUGCAUGUACAGCUGUACUUGAGCUGUAAGCGUUUGACAAUUGACAGUGAGCAACUGCAUACGGCGUCCACGAAGGAUUGCUACUGGCGAUCAAAGCUGACCAAAGUUGGCGCCGGAAAGUCGGUUAUACCAGUCAUGCACUCUGGCCGCGCUGUCCUGUUGAACUGCGUGCACGCGCCAGUGAAGUGCUGGUUGUAAAGUAAAAGUGAG